CCAAUUUGAGAAGGUGGAUGUUGCAGCAUGAAUGUUCAUGCACCAGAUAAGAACCGCGUGGGAACAGAAGUGUACAGUAGGUUACAGGGAGAGAGGUGUGCUAUAGCGGCGCCGCUUUGCUACUUUAACCGAGUCCUGUCUCCACCCUUUCUUCCGCUUCUGUGACUACUUCUGCUGCCCUCCCUCGUCUGAGGCAGUCUUUGGUGGCAGGGGAUCGGCGGUGGUGCCCCGAAGGCGGAGCAUGUCCGUAGGGUGAUUGCGAUCAUCGGCUCACUUGGUGUUGCUGCGCUCUCUGUCUGUGUGGUCUGGAACUCCAGAGACUGUCUAUGACUUCUACAAAGAAAUUGGAUCCGUCGGCACCAAAUUCAUAGAUUCAUGUCGCGUCACUCGUCCGGUGCAAUUUCAUCUAUCAAUACAGUACGAAAAACUUCGAAAAUGGAUCGGUGGUGCUGUGUGGGGUGAUUAAGUGCAAGUGAUUUCCCGGGGCCUUUUCCUGGUAGAAUCAGUGCUCGGUAGCAGCCGAUACUCUUAUAAGGGAAGGUACAAUGAAGAUGGAGGAGUCCGUUAAGGAGACUCCUAAGGAGAUCUUUCUGAAGGAUUACAAGGCACCCCAUUAUGCUUUCGAAAAGGUAAAUUUAAAGUUUGUGUUGGGAGAAGAGAAGACUCUAGUGACGUCCAACAUACGUGUCCUUCCCAGGUCUUCUGACGGUGCACCAUUGAUACUCGAUGGAGAGAGGUUGAACUUGGUUACUCUAAAUAUCAAUGGUUCGCCUGUCCCGGAGGGUAGUUACAAGUUUAAUUCUCGGCAAUUGAAUAUUACAUCGUUGCCCACCAGCCCUUUCGACAUGGAAAUUGUCACGGAAAUUGAGCCACAAAAUAAUACUUCUCUGGAAGGAUUGUAUAAGUCAUCUGGCAAUUUCUGCACUCAAUGUGAAGCAGAGGGCUUCCGUAAGAUCACUUACUUCCAGGAUCGCCCAGAUGUGAUGUCUAAGUUCACAACACGUAUUGAGGCAGAUAAAACUCUUUACCCAGUGUUGUUAAGCAACGGCAACUUGGUUGAUGAGGGUGAUUUGGCUGAUGGCAAGCAUUUCGCAGUGUGGGAUGAUCCCUGGACAAAGCCUUGCUACUUGUUUGCACUUGUAGCUGGCCAGCUUGUGAGUCGUGAUGACUCAUUUACCACAAUGUCGGGGCGCAAAGUGGCUCUUAGAAUCUGGACUCCUCCGCAAGAUAUUCCUAAGACCGUUCACGCAAUGAAAUCUUUGCAACUGGCUAUGAAGUGGGAUGAAGAGGUAUUUGGUUUGGAAUAUGACCUAGACCUCUUCAACAUUGUUGCUGUGCCGGAUUUCAACAUGGGUGCUAUGGAGAAUAAGAGCUUAAAUAUUUUUAAUUCUAGGUUGGUAUUAGCAUCUCCUGAGACAGCUACAGAUGCAGAUUACGCUGCUAUUGAGGGAGUUAUUGGCCACGAGUAUUUUCACAAUUGGACUGGCAACCGAGUGACAUGUAGGGAUUGGUUUCAGCUUAGUUUGAAGGAGGGACUUACUGUUUUCAGAGAUCAGGAAUUUUCAUCUGAUAUGGGUAGUCGUGGAGUAAAACGCAUUGCUGAUGUGGGUCGUUUAAGGACUGCGCAAUUUUCUCAGGAUGCUGGUCCAAUGGCACAUCCAGUACGGCCUCAUUCUUACAUCAAAAUGGAUAAUUUCUAUACAGUCACUGUUUAUGAGAAGGGUGCUGAGGUUGUACGAAUGUACCAGACGCUACUAGGAAAUGCCGGCUUUAGAAAGGGUAUGGACUUGUAUUUUCAAAGGCACGACGGUCAGGCUGUCACUUGUGAGGAGUUCCUGGCUGCUAUGUUCGAUGCCAAUAAUGUUAAAUUCCCGACAUUUCCCCUUUGGUACGCCCAAGCGGGAACUCCAACUCUGACUGUGACCACCUCAUACGACGCUGGUGCACAAACAUUCACCAUCAAGUGCAAGCAAGAAGUUCCCCCCACCCCAGGACAAUUAAAGAAGGAACCAAUGCUUCUACCUUUGGCUGUAGGGUUGCUUGAUUCACACGGGCACGACAUGCGUCUUACUUCUGUGAAAGAUGGAACCUCCCUGCACAACUUGACUAGUGUAGAUGGUGACUACACGACCACUGCAGUACUGCAUGUUGACAAGGCUGAGCAAGAAUUUACAUUUGUGAAUAUCACGGAGAAGCCAGUUCCGUCACUGCUGCGUAAUUUCAGUGCACCAGUUCGCCUUGUGUCUGAUGUUACAAACGAUGACCUUUUCUUUCUCCUGGCUCAUGAUUCCGAUCAAUUCAACAGGUGGGAAGCUGGCCAGACUCUAAGUCGCAAGCUUAUGCUGGACCUGAUCUCUGCGCAGCAGAAAGGAGAGGAUCUUAGCGUAGACAGUGCUUUUAUUGAAGGCAUGCGAAGCACUGUUAUGGAUUCGUCACUUGACAAGGAAUUCGUGGCAAAAUGCCUUACAUUACCGACAGAAAGUGAGAUUGCGGACCUGAUGGAUGUGGCUGAUCCUGAUGCCAUACAUAAUGUGAGACGGUUUAUCAUUAUGGAGAUUGCUACUAAUAUGCGCGAUGUCCUACUUAAAAUGGUGGAGGCAAACAGAAGUUCAGCUACUUACGAUCCAAGCCAUGUGCACAGGGCACAGCGUGCUUUAAAGAAUGUUGCUUUGGGAUACUUGGCGAUGUUGAACGAACCUGAGAUUAUAGACCUGGCUGUGAACGAAAACAAGAAUGCCACAAACAUGACUGAUCAAGUAUCUGCCUUGGCUGCUAUUUGCCAGAAUUCUGGUGAUGCACGGUCUAAGGCACUGGCAGAGUUCUACGAACAAUGGAAGGAUGAGACUUUGGUCAUGAACAAAUGGCUAGCUUUGCAAGCCAUGUCAAAUAUCCCAGGAAAUGUAGAGAAUGUGCGGGGUUUGAUGGAGCACCCUGCUUUUGACAUCCGGAAUCCAAACAAGGUCUAUUCCUUGAUUGGUGGUUUCUGCGCGUCCGCUGUAAAUUUUCAUGCUAAAGACGGUUCAGGGUACACGUUUUUGGCUGACGUUGUCCUUCAGUUGGAUAAGCUGAAUCCCCAGGUUGCGUCACGCAUGGUGUCGGCUUUCUCCAGAUGGCGGAGGUUUGAUGAAGGCAGGCAGGCAUUGGCCAAAGCACAAUUGGAGCGGAUUACGAGCCAGGAUGGUCUGUCAGACAAUGUUUUCGAAAUUGCCUCAAAGAGUUUGGCGUCGUAAAAUGUCGGAAUAAAUGAUCACUUUAACAUGAUUUUCUUUGUUGAAAAGAGGAUUUUCUAAUGAUCAUUUUUUUCUUACGAAGAAACAUCAACUUUGUUCUUCUCCAUUCAUUUGUUUGUAUCAAGUGGCACACUUCAAAUGCUCCUAAUCCGUUAAGGAUUUAAACAAAAUCCUUGACGUCAAAGAUUGUUCAAAGAU